GCUGGUCUCCUCGAGCCGGGCCCACAUGCGGCGGCUUUUUUUCGUGACGACGGUGGCCUCCAGCGAGCCGUAUGGGGCGGCGAACACCCCCGAGAUGACCUCAAACGCGGACGACGAACUCCGGGGCACGCGGACGUGGGACACCACGGAUUUGCUGGAUUUCGGGGUGCAGGUGCUGGUCACCAAGAAC